UGCAAAUCAGGUGCUGAGUAAUUACUGGCGCGCGGGCUGCCUCGCAUCGACACUUGAAAAGGCAGGGCUGCCUCGUCAGAGAUGGCCGCCGACUGGCAGCCCCGCAGGGCCAACGCCUGGUCUCCGAAAGAUGACUACCCCCUCAAAUUGCAGCUAGGAUUACCGAGAGUGGCCAAGGAGUGGAGCAACUCCUGCGCCGCCGCGGACAAGACCUGCAAGCGAGCACUCCAAGUCAGGGUCUGGGUGCGGAUCACGCAGAUUUUGAAUGUUGGUCGACCGAUGAACACGUUUCGCUGCGCCUUCGACCUGACCCUCGAAUGGGAAGAUCAGACGUUCAAACCGGUCAUCAGCAACGACGUGCCCUUCGACCAGGUCGACUGGGCGCGCCACUGGCGGCCGCGCUGGUCCCUGGCCAAUCUGGCCUCCGAGAUGCAUGUAGAACCGCUGUCGUCGUCGUGCUUCACGCUGCAUCCGGACCCUGACACGUUGAAGCCUCGAGUACGGCUCACACAGCGCGUGGCCGGGACGUUCUUCGAACCUUUCAGUCUGAGAAGAUUUCCGUUCGACGUCCAAUCGCUAACAAUUGCGAUCUCCUGCGACGAGCCGCAGUCCUCGGUAGCGUUCGUCGACGCGAUGGAAUCCACAUUAGAUGCGGGGCCUUUUAGUCCACGCUUGGCGGAGUGGCUCCUACUGCGAAGGGACACGGGCUUACAAGCGAACCUACCGUUGGACCAGCGGACGCCGUUCACGAAGACAAUAACCCAGAUGGACGGCUCGCGGGCCUUUCCCUUUUCUGUCUUCGUGGCGCGGAUGCCCGUGAAAAGAAAAACAGGAUACUACCUCACGAAUAUCAUACCCAUCUACUUCAUCAUUGUCGUGUACGGUUGGCUGGCCUUCGGGAACCUACCGGACCAAGACAACCAGGACCAACUGAAUUUUUUAGCUUCAUUGUUAUUAACGAUGGUCUCAUUCAAGUUUACGUACCGAGAAACGCUACCCAAAGUCCACUACCUCACGCUGAUGGACUGGUACGUCUACGCUUCAGUGGUUAUGCUUGGCCUACAAGGUGUUAUUCAUGUCUGGGCCAAACAUAGUACACAUAGUCAGAAGCGACCGCGGGAGCUGUAUGGUUUAGUACUACUCGUGUGUCUGUGGUUCUUCAUCCACGGCGGCAUCAUUCUCUAUGCCUACCGGUUCUUCUCGUAUUUGACGGAGCUCGGGCCCACGGAACUGCGCGACUACAUCGACACGUUUCGCAAGUCGGACCACGGCAUCGAGACGCAGAACGAGAAUAACUACCGCACCCAUAUCGGCGGCCGCAAGCCGUCGGUGCCUUCGAUAAGUUUCAUGGCCGCGCCGCACCUGACCGGCGCGCGGCUCCCGACGGUGACCGCGGCGCAGAUGCAGCGCGAGGGCUCGGUGCUGAACAGCCCCGAGAUCGGCUCGCUCUUCUCCGGCGAUGAAGAUGUGGGUUCACCUGAGACGAAGGCGGAGUGCUAAGGCUUUCUAAGUCG